AUGUAUCCAGGUUUAGUUAAACCAAUUGAAGAAAGUUGGAAUGAUCCAUUAUCAAUACGUAAGAUUUAUAUGAUUACACCAACAAAAACACGAGCUGAACAAAUAGCUGAUUUAACACGACUUGCACAAACACUUUAUUUGAUUCCAAAUCUUGUUUGGAUUGUUGUCGAAGAUGAACCUCAACUCACAAGACGUAUGCAUCGUUUAUUGCAAUCAUUUCAUUUACCAUUUAUUCAUUUAAAUGUUGCAACACCAGAUUAUUUAAAACCAACACAAAAUCAAUCAACAUGGCGUCGACCACGUGGAUUGUUUCAAAAAAAUGUUGGUCUUCAAUGGAUACGUAAAAAUACGAAUUCAAGUGAUGAUGCACUUAUCUAUUUUGCUGAUGAUGACAAUUCAUAUCAUUGGAGAUUAUUUCAAGAGAUUCGAAAAGUUCAAUCAGUUGGUGUUUGGCCAGUAGGACUUGUUGGUGAACUUUUAUAUGAGCGUCCAGUUUGUUUAAAUGGAAAAGUUCAUUCAUGGUUUCAUUACAUUUAUCGAAAAAGAAAAUUUCCAACUGAUAUGGCUGGAUUUGCAAUUCAUUUACGUCUUAUUCAUCAAUAUUCAAAUUAUAUAUUUAAUGUAACUACUAAUAGUAUUGCUGAACAAGAAUCUCAAAUACUUGAUACAAUGACAACAAUGGAUCAACUUGAAUGUUUAGCUAAUAAUGCUUCAAAAAUUUAUGUUUGGCAUACAAAAACACAAUCAAUGUUUUUAACAUCAAUAGAAAAAUUAAAAAACGCUGGAAUGAAUUAUGAUCUAAUCGGUGAAUUAUGA